AUGUUUGAUAAAACAAGUUUGAGGUCUGUUCAAAGGAUUGUCAGAUCUGGUGUUUUACAGAACGCAACCGCUAAGCAGGUCAAUUGCGCUCAACUAGGAUCCAUAAGAACCAUCAGAAACUAUUCAGAUAAAACCAUUCUUGACUUACCCACAGGAAAAACAAUCACGCUAGCUGACCCUAACCACCCAGAAUACGGUGACUACAAGAACCCUGAGCCAGUGCUUGCACAAUCAAGGGACCCAUACGCCAAAUACGAUGAUCAACAAAAUAGAAGAAACUUGAAUGACCCCGUGAAUAUGGAUGCUGACUUGUACGAUAUGUGGUCACCCGAUUAUUACGAUUUUGUUUCAGAUUCAGAAGCGCUCAAGCAAAAUGCCAUUUUCUUUGGUUUGCUUUUUGGUGCUGCUGGAUUGGUUGCUUAUUUCCAAUUGAACCCCGAAAAGCCAGCAAUGAUUAGAUCUUUCCCAUACAAUGGAAUGGCUGAAGCUCUUGGCUCAACCUCAGAUGAAAAUGCACCAUUUUACCAAGCAAAAGUUGAUCACACUGCUGAAAAGGAAUGCGGUGUUCUUCCACAAGAUGUUGAACAAAAGAGCAACACAGAAUCUUAUCUCAAAGCUAACGACGCCUUCAUCAACACUCUGAAAUAA